AUCGACUUACUCCCUCGCUCGCACACCAAACUCGCUGCACUCAGUCAGACCUCUGCAACUUUUGCAGACUCCUCACUCCACAGACAUGUCGCACAAUAGCUGAAAGUCAACCUGUCAUCGUGGCUCGUCUUGGGAGCCCGCAGAGAGCAACCCGCGCUGGUGGGCUCAUCUGGAUCGCGGUCGGAACCACCGCUUGAAAGACGCCUCACACUGGAUGGGAAUUAGGAGGCUUUUCGUCACUGAUGAACCGGGCCAGUAAUGCCGGAGACCGACGCGGCGCUCUCAUCUCUCGUUCAAGAUGGCAGAUUUUUCUUGAGUUUUGAGCGGACGCCUCUAUUUAUUGUUUGCCAUGAAUAACAGAAACCCUUGCACCGAUGGCCCCUGUAUACGAAGGUAUGGCCUCGCAAGUGCAAGUGUUCUCCCCUCACACUCUUCCGUCAAGUGCCUUCUUUAGCGUGAAGAAACUGAAGGUGGAGCAGAGUUGCAACUGGGAUAUGACAGGGUACGGCACACACAGCAAAGUCUACAGCCACAACAGCAGCAAGAACGUGUCGGCCGUCAGCGGCCCCCUCGGAAUUAACAGCUCCCUGCAGGUAGCCGGCUCCACCUUGCCGUACGAGCAGGCGCUCAUCUUCCCAGCAAGUGCAGGCCACAUUGUGGUCGCAUCAGCCAGUAGCACUUCGGGGGGCGUCGGCGCUUUGCUGGGCAGCGGGGGUGGAGGCAGUAACGGCAGCAGAGGGGGUGGCGCCGGCAGCGUUGUUGGGGUUCACAAUCUGAUUCGCCGCAGCACGGUCAGUCUCCUGGACACCUACCAGCGAUGUGGGCUUAAACGCAAGAGCGAGGAGCUUGACCACAACAGCAGCGUGCAGAUAAUCGAGGAGCACGGUCCGCUGAUGAUCCAGAACGGAGCAGCCAGUGGCGCCACGGUGGCUACAGUGGCCACCGCGGCCUCCACGGCAACAUCCAAGAACAGCGGCUCCAACAAUGAGGGGGACUACCAACUGGUGCAGCAUGAAGUACUCUGCUCCAUGACCAAUACAUAUGAAGUGCUGGAAUUCUUGGGACGGGGAACAUUCGGACAGGUGGUGAAGUGCUGGAAGAGAGGCACCAACGAGAUUGUGGCCAUCAAGAUCCUAAAAAACCACCCGUCGUACGCCAGGCAGGGUCAGAUCGAGGUCAGCAUCCUGGCGCGUCUUAGCACGGAGAGCGCAGAUGAUUUCAACUUUGUGAGAGCCUAUGAGUGCUUCCAGCAUAAGAACCACACGUGCCUGGUGUUUGAGAUGCUAGAGCAGAACCUGUACGACUUCCUGAAGCAGAACAAGUUCAGCCCGCUGCCGCUGAAGUACAUCAGACCCGUUUUGCAGCAGGUGGCUACGGCGCUGAUGAAGCUGAAGAGUCUCGGUCUGAUCCACGCUGAUCUGAAGCCGGAAAACAUCAUGCUUGUGGAUCCGUCUCGGCAGCCCUAUCGAGUCAAAGUCAUUGACUUUGGCUCAGCCAGCCAUGUCUCCAAAGCUGUCUGCUCCACGUAUCUACAGUCCAGAUACUACAGAGCUCCAGAAAUCAUCCUGGGCCUGCCGUUUUGUGAGGCGAUAGAUAUGUGGUCCCUGGGCUGUGUGAUAGCUGAGCUCUUCUUGGGAUGGCCACUCUACCCUGGAGCCUCAGAGUACGAUCAGAUCCGAUACAUCUCACAGACUCAGGGUCUGCCUGCAGAGUAUCUGUUGAGCGCAGGGACAAAGACCACCAGGUUCUUCAAUAGAGACCCUGACUCCACCUAUCCUUUGUGGAGACUUAAGACUCCUGAGGACCACGAGAGAGAAACAGGGAUCAAGUCCAAGGAGGCGCGCAAGUACAUCUUCAACUGCUUGGAUGAUAUGGCCCAGGUGAACAUGACGUCAGAUCUGGAGGGGAGCGACUUGCUGGCAGAGAAAGCCGACAGGAGGGAAUUCAUCGACUUGUUAACCAAGAUGCUGACCAUCGAUGCGGACAAAAGAAUCACACCUAUUGAAACGCUCAACCACCCUUUUGUUACAAUGUCGCAUCUCCUCGAUUUCCCUCACAGCACUCAUGUGAAAUCAUGCUUCCAGAAUAUGGAGAUCUGUAAACGCCGUGUUAACAUGUACGACACGGUCAACCAGAGCAAGACGCCCUUCAUCACCCACGUGGCCCCCAGCACCUCCACUAACCUCACCAUGACCUUCAAUAACCAGCUCAACACAGUGCACAGCCAGGCCACCAACCUGGCUCCCUCCUCCAACAACAAUUCCACCCUUUCCUUUGCAAGUCCUGAUGUCUCCAUACUAAACUACCAAUCUGCACUCUACCAGCCCUCCGCUGCCUCCAUGGCAGCUGUUGCCCAAAGGAGCCUGCCCCUGCAGACGGGGGCUCCUCAGCUCUGCGCUACCCGGCCGGAUCCCUUCCAGCAGGCGCUCAUCGUCUGUCCUCCUGGCUUCCAAGGACUGCAGGCAUCACCUUCCAAGCACAACAGUUACUCCAUGCGGAUGGAGAAUGCUGUUCCCAUUGUGACACAGGCCCCCGGUGCCCAGCCUCUGCAGAUCCAACCAGGCCUCCUUACUCAGCAGGCUUGGCCCAGCGGCACCCAGCAGAUCCUGCUGCCUCCAGCCUGGCAGCAGCUCACUCACACCUCAGUUCAGCAUGCCGCCGUCAUUCCUGACUCCAUGAGCAGCACACAGCCUCUGACCAACUGGAGGAAUUCCCACCCUCAUGGCAGCCAUUACAAUCCCAUCAUGCAGCAGCCAGCCUUGUUGGCUGGCCACGUCACUCUCCCAUCCAACCAGACGCUCAAUGUUGGAGUGGCACAUGUUAUGAGGCAACCCUCGUCCAAUAAUAACUCCUCUUCCAAAAAGAACAAACAGCACCAGAAUUCUGCCAGGAACACUUCAGCCUACGAAGUAUCGUCCACUCAGGCAAUGCUGUCGCCACAGCGUUCCAAAAGGGUGAAGGAGAACACGCCCCCACGGUGCGCUGUGCUCCAGAGCAGCUCAGCCUCCAUUUGCCCUCCACCGCAGGGCUGUGGGGGAGGCGGGUGGGGGACUAUUGAGGCCGAGCAGGCUUCCAGCACCACCCGCAACCAUCCAAACCAGCAGCACGUUCCCAGACAGACCAUCAUCAUCCCCGACACACCCAGCCCUGCGGUCAGCAUCAUCACCAUCAGUAGUGACACAGAUGAGGAAGAUGACCGCAAACAUAAUCAUGGUGGAUCGUCGAAGCAAAGGAAGAAUGUGAUCAGCUGUGUGACCGUCCACGAUUCACCGGACACCGACUGUUCCAGCAACAACAGCCCUUACACUGUGGAGUCUAGACCCGCCAAUAACAACAACAACAACAGCUACGACACAAAGACCACCAUACUGGACAACUACAACAAUGGCAACCCACGCACAAUCAUCAUCCCCCCUCUUAAAACUCAAACCAGCGAGGUUGUGAAUGAGUGUGAACGCUUGAUGCCAGAUACAAUGAAUCAUCAGAAUUCCGCUUACAAGUUCAAGUCCUCUAAUGGAGUGGUUUCGGGCAACAUUCACAUCCCAGGUGGUGUGACUGCAUCAUAUAGACAGCAGCGCUCAGGGCCACACCCCCUCCAGCAGCAGCCUCUUAAUCUCAGCCAGGCCCAGCAGCACAUGGUAGCAGACCGAAAUGGAGGUCAUCGCCGCCAGCAGGCCUACAUCGCUCCCACCAUUGCCACUCAGGCCCCAUACUCCUUCCAUCACAAUAGCCCCUCCCACACAGGCAACAUGCACCCCCACUUGGCUGCCACGCACCUCUCCAGCCAGCCUCACCUCUACACCUACACGGCACCCGCCGCGCUGGGCUCCAGCGGCACAGUGGCUCACCUGGUGGCGUCACAGGGCUCGGCUCGCCACACAGUCCAGCACGGGAGCUACCCACCAAGCAUUGUCCACCAGGUUCCAGUCAGCAUGGGCCACCGCGUGCUGCCCUCGCCCACCCUGCACCACAGUCAGUACCAGGCCCAGUUUGCCCAGCAGGCCUAUAUCAGCGCGUCGCCUGCCUCCACUGUCUACACUGGAUACCCACUGAGCCCCACGAAGGUCACCCAGUACCCUUACCUCUAGAGAAGACACUGGAGAGGCUCACCUGGCACUGCUGCUUCCACACACACACCAACCACCCUUAGUCCCAUCAACACUCUCCAUAUACCCUCAGCCCCACUUGUGAACAGAGACAGAGAACUUUGCAAUCCUCAUCCAACUGCCCCAUAUGACUUGAAGAUAUGACGGAGCAAAAGAAGGAAAAAAAAAGAUUCACAGUCGUUCUCUGAGGGAAAGACAGGAGUUAGAUUAGAGCGUUCCCAUUUCAAGGUGAUUUCUUUUGAUUUUUUUUUUUUUCUCUGAAAAGGGCCAGCUUAGCUUUCAUUUGAUUUCUGUUUGCUUUAUUUUAUGUGGAAAGUAGUGUCUCGUUAGUGUUACAGGGAAGUUUCAAAUGUUUUGGGACAGUGGAGGAUUUCGGAUUUGGUUUUUUUUUUUCUUUUAUUUGCCCAUCUUAACUGUGGGAAGGGACUGCUGAACAGGGGUUACAGACUGGAAGUUUGGAAUCCCAAGAUAAUUGGGAGAAGGUGAAAUACGGAAACCUGCUGCUCUUCAAAGAUAAAAAAAAAUCUAUAUAUAUAUAUUGAUGGCCUUGAACUGUCUUAAUAUUUCCACACUUUUGGUGUCGAGAGAAAAGAGAGGCGACUUCCUCCACUCCACCUCCCCAAGCCGGAGGCUUCUGGAAAUAUAACCAACAGAAGACAACAAACUUUUCUAAUGUAUUUAUAGGUCGAUUUCUUUUGUGUUUCUCAAAACUUCAGUUUUAGCUAGAGGUGUCUUAGCUGGGCCCCAUUCAUAGAAUGUAGCAGUCUGCACCCAUUUGUUUCAAGAACUUUCAAGAAACACUCUUUCCUCAAACCCAUAGAUUAAUUUGUUCCUCUUUUAUAAUGUGAUUGCACAAACUGGUUAACAUAAUAACAUAGGCAUGUACAAUGUGAUUGUGUGUGUAUGUGUGCGUGCGCGUGUGUGCGUGUGUUUGUGCUCCUGUCAGCCAUGUGUGUAGUCAACCUCCUUUAAGUUUUGUUCCCUCGUAGUGCCUUACAGAUGUAACAACACAGUUUACUCCACUUGGAAAGCCACGCAACACAAAAGCAAAGAGUUGUGUUGUCCUGCUUUGAAAGGCUUGUCGAUGGGACACAGUAGCUCUCUUCCAGGUGUAGGCUUUGCUCCCACUGCGUCUGCGUGGUCCUUAAAGACAGCAUACCUAAGAUGAGGUUUCAUGUCAUCGGGUUGAUGGAGCUCAGCUCUUUUAUUAUGUGUGCAUGAGAUAACUUGCCAGGGGUACUUACCAAAGUCAUUGAUAUUCAUGCUCUUUCUUCUUCCAGCGUCUCUCUGAAUUAAAAUGCAAAUAAUGUAUGUGGUGUAGAUGUAACAGCGUGUUCUCAAAAGAAUUUAGUUGGUUGUGUAUAAUCAAACAUCUCUGCAAAGUAGUUCAUUGAAACUGGAAAAAAAAAUGUUGAUAUAUUUAUUUUAUUAGUUCCUCCUAGCCCUGCCGCCUGGCCAAAUUUUUCAUUAAAAAAAUAAUAUUUUUUGUUGAGUAUGUAUCUUUUAGCUGGAAAUGACACAAGGCAGUUGCAUAAGAACAUUGUUAUUAAUUAGGAAUAGUCUCCAUUUGCAUGGAUUUUUGUGUAUCCCAAAUUAUUCUGAACAAUUCUGAGGAACCACAUCUUUUGCACCAUUCCCCGGAAUCUUGGUACGUUCUUACAUUACCUAGGAUAUAAUCAUUCAGAUGAACUCUUAAAUUUCAUGCAUUGGAUAUGCUCUGUGUUUUUCUUGUUUUUACCCUGGAUACAUUUUCAUAAUUAAUCUUUUAGGAACCAUUGCCAGGGUUAUGAGUGUUAUGUUUUUUUUUUUUAAAUAAUCGAUUUUAUUUUUUUUGUUUUGUUUUGUUUCUACAAUUUUCAUCACAGCAGUUUUUAGUCUUUUUUUUUCUUUUCUUGUAUUUCCAGCCAAAAGACUUCCAUUCAGUGUGCCAUUGUUGUGGCAAAAUAUAGUUUGUUGUGUUUGUGUGCAGCAAUAUGUAUCAUUUUUUUCCGAAAUGAAUCACUGCAAGGGAUUAGUAGUCUGCUUCAUGGUUUUGUAUGCCUUCAUGUAAACGUGAUCUCAUGUGGCACCUAAAAUGUGCUUAAUUCUUCUUUCAAUUCACACAGGAGUAUCCGUAAUGAUUCUUCUGCUGAAUAGGCCAGAGUUAAGACGCCAGAGGUCGCUCUGCGUUUUUAAAGCUAGUCCGAGAGGGGCCUGACAGAAAGUGAUUGUGCCAUGGUUGUGGGGCGGGAUUGUGCAGGGCGAGAGAUAAACUAGUCUCAGCUGCAGCCAAAAGAUGAAGUAUGGAAGGGUACUGCAUAGACACGAGCGAAGGGUUGGGGUGGGGGCGGGAGUCGCUAGCUGUAAAGCACUGGUUCUGUUUGGAUAGAGUGAGGGAACUCUAUCUUUGGAACUAUACAAUGAUAACAAGUUGGCACUGAGCAGGUUGAUAGAAACACAGAGGCCGAGUAGUUGGUAGGAGCCUUUACUCGAUUACUCACGUUUAAAGCUACAUGGGUCCUUUUACUGCUGUCAGUUACGUUUUCCAGCGAGAUCAAAGAACUGUUUCGCGACAAGAAGGGUGGCAUGCACCUGGAAGGGCAAAGUCGAAACAAGCUUCGUUCAAAGCAGGUUCACCAUCAAGCCGAAUGGGAUAAACACAUCAAGAAUCCAUAGGGCUGUCGCUUGUAUUUGCUGCUUUAUUUAACUUACAUUUGUCAUAGCUGACGAUACAUCAAGUCCCCAGUGGCCACAUGAGAACUCCUGCUGGUUUAGUGAAAGCUUUCCUUUCCUUUUCCUUCACGCCAUAGUACUUGCAUUAGAAGUGAUCUAUUAUUUUUUUUAAUUUAACGAUGUUUGAACUUUUUUCUUAACAUGGCUGUACGUGUGUUUAUUUUGAUUAGAGAUUGUUGCAAUAAUUCUUCUUGAUGGUGUAUCAGAAUGUGUGUUUUGCUCAUUUCUAGUAUAUUUAGUAUUCAGUGAAAGAGUGGGAAAUUGUGUCAAUAAUCCAAUGGGACCCUACAGUAUAUGGGAUGUUUGUCAUUUGAGGGCCACUGUUUGGGUCAAAGGUAAACCAUUAUUCAAAGACAUGCUUUUUUUUUUUUUUUUUUCCAUCCUGAGACUUGCAUCGUCAACAUUCUCCUCAGACCCCGUUGGUUCCAGCAUGCUGGUUAUCCAUUUGUUAAUAUAUUACGUUAUUCUCUGUUGGUUUCUUUUAGAAUAUCUACUUAUGGCCAUCUGGGCCUGAGCACACGGGCAGAAGGGAGAUCCACUGAAAUUGUUAUGAGACAGACUACUGAAACAUUCCACUGCUUGCAAAUUUAGCAUUUGUUCUGCUAGACUGCUGCCCUUAUCCAAACCCCACCGCCACCACCACCUCCAACACAACCACCACUACCAUCAUCAUCUCACCUCCCGAGAUUCCUCUCUUAAGACAUUUGCCUCUCCCACCAAAGAGAUCACAUUGGCAAUGUGCAAGCACAGCCACUGCAAGACACUCACUCAGUCUUGCAAUAGCGCUAAUUUCAUGUUGAAAUGCUUUACAAGUGCUUUUAUGGACAUUUCAACUCGCCCGACACCACCCUCACAUACUCAAUGAUACACAUCAUACAUGAGUGUAGCCAUAAUUUCACAGAGGAUAAUCGAGUUGUAGAUUUUUUGUUUUGGUUUUUUUAACGUAUUCCCCUUACUCAUGCCCCCCCCCCCAAUAUUAAAAUGAAGUUCAUUAUUUAACCUCCAAAUUGGCCAUUUAUCGCUGAUUUUUAUACACACCAUACCAUGGAGUACAAUGGGGUGAAUCAAUUAGCUACAAAAAUGGCCAUUACCUUUAAAAGCAUAGGUACAUGCACAACAUGGAUGUGUCACAUUUGACAUCUGAAAAAGCUUGGGAUCUUUAUGUGUCCAUUUUGCAAUAAUUAUACACCCAAUCUCCAGCAAGUGUGCAUUUGUGAGAUAUGUAAAAUAUCACUUCUAUAUUUCUAUAUUUUCUCAAGUUCUAUAGCCAGCUAAGACAUUGUGGAAAAUAACUUGGUGUAUGACGCUGUUGUCGAUCAUUUUGUUUCACAUAACCAAUGUUUUGUGUAUUAUUAAAAAAGAAAGUGGGGGUCAGAAAUGUGAACAUCGACUUAGAUUGAGUGACCUUAUGAUUACCAAAAUGUGCUUCAGUAGAGUGCAAAUGUUUUAUAUAAUUGAAGUGAGCAUAGUCCUGAUUUGUUAGUACUGCCUUCAAAAUAACCAACCAUACCUCCAAAGCUUUUAAGUGUCAUUUAAAUUAGAGAAACUUGUAGAAGGCAGUUUUGUUUUGUUUUUUUCUAACCAUGGCUUACUCCCAUGUCAUCUGUCAAAAAUAUUAAUUUAAAGGUCAUUUUAAAGCACAUUUUAAGGAUUGGUGGAAAACUGAGAAACAUUCCAGUGGGGAUGGCAUACUCCAUCGUGUAACACAACCUCAUUUCAUCAGUACAAUUGACAAAAGCUGGAAAUUCUGCAAUUUUAAGUGCUAAUGUAAGUAUUUUUUUUGUCACAUGAUUACAGUGUGUGAAAUUACCAAAAGAAAUUAAAACCAAUUCCAAUACAUAAGUAUUCUAUUCCUAUUCAAAUUCAUGGGAACAGUCAGAAGAGUCCCCUUUAUUUGUUAUAUUGUGUGUUGCAUGGGUUGGUUGUAAUCUGCAAUUCAGAAUUUAAAAUUCUCGACGAUAAUAUAAUUUUAAAACCAUGUCAAACCUCCAGUCCCCCCCCACCCCAAGGACAAUAAAAAUUGUCAUUUGUAAAAGUAAAACCGGCAAAGUGAAAUUUCCCAGUUUUUGGGCGUUAUAUGAUAAAAUGAUGACAAACCUCGAGAGCAGAGUCACGCGAUUCUUCAUAAGGUACUUAAACAACAAUACUGCCACAUUUUUGGUUUAUUUUCUGAAAGCAUCAGACUCCUUUUUGUCCAGUCAUCGAAAUAAUUCUGUUUGGAAGCUCAUUUGUGCUGCAAUUUUCCUUGUACACUUCUCUUUUUAUUGUUUUUUUUUUUUAAUUUUUAUUUUGUUUAUUGGGAUAUGCUGUCUCAUUAUUUUUCAUUAUUAUUAUUAUUAUUAUUACCUGUUGAUGUAGAGUUCUCGUGAAUGCCCUGCCCUCUAGCCUGCUCUAAAUAAGUAUGUUCUUAGGAUGGAUACUUUAUUGGCUUUAUCGAGUGUUCAAAGGAAUAUAAUGACAAUAAGAAGGAUUAAUUAAAACACCUUAACUUGCUACUCAGCGCUUGUGUUCCUAUUAUGACAUUGUGUGCUUGUGUUAAUCAUUUUCGUUGUAGAAAAAUGGAGUGGAUUUCUAUUAGGCUAUGGGAAACUAAUUGUCUUGUCAUGAAUUGACUGGAUCAUGCUAGCCAAGAAGCAGCUUGGUCAAAUAGAAGACUAGUUAUUUGAAUUGUCCUCUUUACUAACAGUAGGGUAGACGGGGGCGCACAAUCUGGUAAAGUAUGUUAUAGCUUGCUAUUCACUGUUGUUUUUGAUCAUUUUUUCGGUCUCGAGGUGAAUUGAGUUAUUAAUGACAUUUUGUAUGCUCACAUAUGCAUAUUGUAUAUGUGUAGAAAUGUAAUCACACUUUGUCUUGGAUUUACAAUAAACUGUUAAGUCACAA